UAAAAUUAGAUUCGACAUGGAGAAGCAAGUGUGUUGGUGGUUGGCAUUGUUUUUGUUCCUGGAUUUCACUGAUUCACUUACUCUGACUGUUCCUGAGCUGGUGACUGGGCAGUUGAGGAAUUCAGUCAACAUUCCUUGUACCUACCAUCCAUCGCCUUUGUAUGUUGAGUUAGAAGUCACUUGGUAUUUUAAUACAUACACCAUUAUUAUUCGAAGAGAUAGAAAUGGUUAUUAUAUUCCUCGUUUCAACAAUCGGGACCGAGUCAGUAUUAAGCGUAGUCCUGGAUCUGGUGAUGUUUCACUUAUUCUGAAAAAUCUGUCAUACAGUGAUCGAGGAACCUAUACUUGUGAAGUAAAAUGGCAGACUAAACAUGGAUUAAAUCAAACUGAAACAAGAGCAGAUGUCAAUUUAAUUGUACGAAGAGCUUUACCUUCAACUAGACCUCCGGCUAGUUUGUCCCCUGUGGUUACUUCUGCAUGUGGGUUCAGUAACGUGAAAAUUGAUGUCUGGGUGUUUGCGUUGACAGUUUCUGUGAUCAUACUGAUUUUUUCAGUUAUCGUUAUUUGCAUUGUGCUCUGGAAAAGGACAAAAGCAGAGCACUUAAAUGAAUUGUCAAGUGCUAGGUAUGAAAGUUUUCCGUAUCCGGCAUCUACAAAUGUGGUCAUAAGUGGAAAUAAUGAAUAUGAAACGAUGACGACAAUGAAAGAGAAUGAAUAUUCAGUCAUAUGUGCGGAAUCCACCUGUGCCUAUGCACAGUGCCAUGCCUCAGUGUGAAGAGUUUUGUGUGAAGAACAAUGUGAAGUUUUCUUUCUGUGCAGCUUCAGAAAAAUAAGUUUAAAAUUACAUGUUGAAUUCCGUUUAUUGCAUUUACUUAACCUCAAAGACAAAUGGCAUAAUAAGUUUAUCAAUGUUAAGUUGAGAUAAAUGGGAAAGAGUUGGGCUGUUUCUGUUCACAGUGCUAGAAAUACCCUGAAAGAUCCUAACAAAACUUCAAUAACCUUUUUAUUUAGUUUCUCAAUUUUAUCUAAUACCUUCCAGAAGAUUAUGCAAACUCUUACUAGGGGCAUAAUUGCAUUGGCCCAGAUGGCUUACUAUUGAAAUAAAAACACAUUUUUAAAUGGAAAA